GUAUAUCGCUCAGUGUGUUCGCCUCUAUUGUAUAUGACAUUUUUCGAGUCUGUCCAUCAGUUGAGAUUCGGGCACCAAUCGACUCACAUGUUUACACAGAGACUGAGUGUUUCGCGUGUUGUGUGUGUUUUUUCUCUCUACUUUUACUUUAUAUUGAAUACCAUUUUCAAAUAUCCUAUAGACACAUAGAGUGAGAGAGAGCGGACGGAAAAAAGUUAUUAGCUAAAUUAAAACGACAGCCAGCGAAGCGAGAAAAUAGAGCAAGAGAAAAAAAGUGAACUUUUGACUUUGGUGGUUCUGUUUACUGUUGUAACUGUAAAACCAUUUUCCCGGAAAAACUUUUUCGUUUCGUUUGUUUUUUUGAUAAGAAUUUUAAAACGGUAUGACAUAUGAAAAACGUGAACAAAACCAAAAUAUCAACUGUAAAUGUAUGCGGAAAGCGAAAAAUAAGAAAGUUAAAUUAUAACGACAAAUUUAACAUACUUUGUCUGAUUUUGAAUUGUGUUCCACCGUGUAGAAAAGUUUUCUUCAUUUCAACUCUACUAUUUUGUUCAUGUCACCGUCACAUAGUCAAAGUGAACACGAAAAAGGGGCACAGAGGGAUAGAGAUGGAGAGGGCGAGAGCCUAACUGAUAAUCUGAUUAAAACAACAGUACGGUUGUGAAGUUUUGAAUUUAAAUCAACAUGUGCGAAUGGGCUGGGAAAUCAACUCGAAAAUAUCGGGAUAUAAUGAACAAAGGAGUAUCAAAUUGGAGCUCAUUUUUCCCUUGACUUCACCAAAUGGACUUCGACAAAUUACGUUCAAUUUUGAGCAAAUUUUGUUUUUUUCUCCUUUGUUUUUGUUUAACUUUGAGCCAUAAGAACUGGAGCACAUAAUUUAUUCGGUGGCUGAAUAUGGGAAUAGAAAUAGGUGACAGCAAACAACAUGAAAUGCACUGAAGAAAGAAGAAAAAACAUUUAUACAGCGGGUAGCUGGAGUGUAAAGUGAAAACAUUGAACUAAAACGAACAAACAAUUUUGAUUGAAUGCUGAACAUCAACGGUGUGUCGUCGCUGUUUAUUUAAACAAAUAUGCUAUAUCCAAUAUAGCUGGUGCUCGUGUAUGAUAAACGCGGGAUCGUUUCGACGAUACCGAGAAAAAAAUAAAACGGCAUGCGAUUGACUUGUGUACAAAUCCACUGUUUACCACUUGGUUUAUAAAAAGAAUGUAAUAUGUGAAUUGCCGUGGCAAAGACGUGGAAAUUUGAUGAAUUUAAUGUAUAGAACCAUUCGAAAGAAGAAACCUGCAUUCAGAGAAAAAAAAAUAAAGUUUAACACAAAACAACCGUAACAACAGCUCAACAGCCGUCGAGAAAGAGAGUCUUUUCAUGUAUAAACCCCAACUACAUCAACCACUUGCAGACCGACUGAUUACGUUUUAAGGGCGCAUUAAUAUUUUAAUUACGGUCUUAGAAAAUAAAUCAAAUAAACACUUGCGCGUACAUUGGCCUAAUUGAUCAUAGAAUCACAUCAACAAUCAUCAGUCAACAUUUUAUUCAAGUGAAAUUGAUAGCACAUCAUGGUAAGAAGAAAAGGUACUGGCUAGCAACAAUGGAGGUGCAUCACUAGACAACACAAACAACAGAAGAGACAAGAACCAAAAUAGCAAAAGAACAAGUAGAAGUAGUAGUAGUGCCAGUCGCGACGAAGGACAUACUAUUGCGAUAUGACCACAAACCCAUGAUGGAAAAUUCGUUUGGUACCGUAAUGAACACAUCGAUAAUAGAUAUUUGGUCCGAAAUUGUUUGUUUGAAAAAUUUGUCAAUUGUAUUGAAUCCCUCAUUCGUACCACGCCGACAGUGUCAUAAGUGGAAAAGCAACCAAAGCAAUCAAAGCAACAGCUUACGAAACCGUGCACUCGAUUCGAGCGAUAUUAAAUUGCGAAUCAUGCAAACAGGGCCAUUAAGGAAAUACGAAUCCUUAUAUGCGACUGAAGAGAGACAUGAGUAGAUUUAUGUAGCGUGACAGCUCUAUGUUAGGCGAACGUGACCGAAUUCGUAAUGCGGUGGGCUGGGAACUGGAUGAAUCAGCAACGUCAUCGAACAACAAUGGCGUACAACAAUCUAGUUGGGUUAGCGGAAUCGGUAACGUUGGUGAUGGCACUGAGAACAAUAGCGUCGGCGCUACUGCUCGAUCAUAUUCAUUACAUCAAUACGAUGAUGACUAUGACGAUGCAGACAACAACAAUUUCGGCGAGGCCAGCGCCGUUGGCACCGGAAAAGAAGUACGAUAUGCACCACAACAUUCGAAUCCAAUUUGCAACCAAGCACCAUUACAAAGAGCACAUUCCAGCAGAUCGUUGUCAUCGAUACAGCCAGAGCCCUUCAUGAUAUCGCAAGCAAAGCAAACGAAUCGCCGUGUAUCGAUCAAUGUGGGCGGUGUACGGCACGAAGUACUGUGGCGUACAUUAGAACGUUUACCACACACUCGGCUCGGCCGAUUACGCGAAUGCACAACACAUGAGGCGAUCAUCGAAUUAUGUGACGAUUAUUCUUUAGUUGAUAACGAAUACUUUUUUGAUAGACAUCCGAAAAGUUUUAGUUCAAUAUUAAAUUUUUAUAGAACCGGUAAAUUGCACUUGGUAGACGAAAUGUGCGUGUUAGCGUUUAGCGAUGAUUUAGAGUAUUGGGGCGUCGACGAAUUGUAUUUGGAAUCGUGCUGUCAGCAUAAAUACCAUCAGCGCAAAGAGCAUGUGUUCGAGGAGAUGCGAAAAGAGGCGGAAAGUUUGCGACAACGCGAAGAAGAAGAAUUCGGCGAUGGUAAAUAUUCGCAGUACCAGAAGGCAUUGUGGGACACACUCGAAAAACCGAACACCAAUCUGGCGGCAAGGAUUAUUGCUGUUAUAUCAAUCCUCUUCAUAGUUUUGUCGACAAUAGCCUUAACCUUGAACACAAUACCGGCACUGCAACCCGAACACAAUCGCAAUGGUACGCAUAAAGGCAGUACGCAACAAGACAAUCCUGAGCUGGCAAUUGUUGAGGCCGUUUGUAUAUCGUGGUUCACACUUGAAUAUUUAUUGCGAUUUGGGGCGUCACCAGACAAGUGGAAAUUCUUUAAAGGUGGAUUGAACGUCAUUGAUCUGUUAGCCAUACUUCCAUAUUUUGUAUCUUUGUUCCUAUUGGAAACGAACAAAAAUACUACGGACCAGUUUCACGAUGUGCGUAGGGUCGUGCAAGUAUUUCGCAUCAUGCGUAUCCUGCGAAUCUUAAAGCUGGCGCGUCAUUCAACUGGCUUACAAUCAUUAGGCUUUACAUUACGAAAUUCGUACAAAGAAUUGGGACUGUUAAUGUUGUUUCUGGCAAUGGGUGUUCUAAUAUUUUCGUCACUCGCAUAUUUUGCUGAAAAAGACGAGGAAAACACCAAAUUCAUAAGUAUCCCUGAAACGUUUUGGUGGGCGGGGAUCACAAUGACGACUGUGGGCUAUGGUGAUAUUGUCCCAACCACCCCAUUGGGCAAAUUGAUUGGUUCGGUGUGUUGUAUUUGUGGCGUACUUGUAAUUGCCUUGCCCAUUCCAAUUAUUGUAAAUAAUUUUGCCGAGUUCUACAAGAAUCAAAUGCGUCGUGAAAAAGCACUGAAACGCCGUGAGGCGUUAGAUCGAGCCAAACGAGAAGGCAGCAUUGUAUCAUUCCACCACAUCAAUUUACGGGACGCGUUCGCCAAAAGUAUGGACUUAAUUGAUGUGAUCGUAGACACAGAAGAAAAAAGUGAAAGACGCAAUAAAACAAUAUCAAAUUGGAAACGGCUAACUCACGCGCUUCGGGGAUUGCCUACAGGACACAACAUUUCACAUGGCGAUGGUAACAGUUCGGAUGGUGGCGAGUCAAUCGAUAACCGUAAUCCGUCUAGCACUGGAAUGGGAUGCUAUAAAAACUAUGAACAUCAGUCGGCACAACGCAACAGAGACCAUUUAUCACCGCAGACAUCGAUUAAUGAGCUCGACAGAGACGAUGAGCAGGCGUCGUUUGCACUGUUCCCAGGUUUUCAGCAACGAGAUCGACAACCACUCCCGGCCAUUUUACCACCACACGACGACGUUUAUCAAGAUGCUGACGAAAGUCAACCGCUUACAUCAGAAUCUCAGCAAGACACACCACAACACAUGGCCAACCAAAUGAUGGUUACACCAGCUCAAGUGGCCGAACUCCGGAGGCAAAUCGCUAUCGAACACGCGGCCAAGCAUAAAAGGGAAAAAGUACUAGAUAGCGACGUUCCAACUGAAUUUGAAUGUUGCUUUUGCACCACAAAGGAUUUGAAAGAGUAUACGGAUGCAGAGGGAUUAAUGUCGCUGCCUACAUCAGAUUUUCACAUGCCAACCGUUUGUGCGGGUCGUUACAAAUACAGUUUACCAAGUAGCGAGGCAAUGGCACGAUGUAUUGCAGCAGCAUCAGCUGGGGCAGCACCGAGUGGAGCAACGCCAAAAUCUGAUGUAAUGCGGGAUGCAAACGAUUUCAGUACAAUUACGUUGCCAAUGGAAACACCACUUCGAUUAACGAAUGCGCCAAGCAAUAACGGACAUGGGCAUGUGGACAGAGCCAAUCACCAUGGCAACAAUUUGAUCAAGGCCAGUUUGAAUAACAGCGGCGAUUUGGCCAGCGUUGACAGUUCAGAUACGUACGCAUCGUGCCAAACGCAUCCAUUUUUAUCACAAGGCGAUCUGACGGGCGAAAUGGCCGACAUUUCGUGCACUUUGGCUGAACUCGAUGUGGAUGACUUGUACUUUAGUACAUUGGACAAGGAUCAUCCAUCGACGAGCACCGAUGGCAGGCUCAAGUCACAAGUGAAGAAAAGCGCUUCGGGCGACGCAUCACUGCUUAGUCUCGGCGCUUGUGCACCAAUGGAAGAAGUUAUGAAAACAUUUCAAUCAUUUGAAAUGGCGUCAAGAGUGGAUCGUGGUAGCCUCCCCAGUGGUCUGAAUGAGCCGACCAUUCCAAAGCAUCGCAAAACGCGUUUCCAACAAAGCAGUUUGAACAAAGGCAAAUUCAGAGGAAAUUCAGACGUUUUACAAACGAAAAAGCACUCGUACGAUAGUCUUGAUGAUGUACCACCAACAACAUCCAUAUCGAAUCCAGGCUCGGUGAAAAAAGUGCGCAGAUCAUCGUUUAUGCCAUCGAAGAGUUUAGCGUCGGCAACGAAAUUAAUUAACCAACAUCUAUUCGGAAUUCAAAGUGCGAAUUCAAAAGGUAAAUCACCACCAGACAAAUCAUUGUCACAAGAGUCGGAGAGUGCACCAAGUGUUGAUACGCAUCGCCGAUCCAAAUCCAUCCUAAAAAAUAAAUCGGAAUCAUCGAAAGGGUCAGUGGAUCCGGAAAGCGAACGUUUGCUAUCUGAUAAUGCAUCUGGUGCAGCAGUUUCAGAAAAUGGUUCGGGUGAUAUAAGCAGUGAUUAUUCGCCGAACAAACUACCGAACCCACUGGCCAAAUCCGUUUCGCCGCCAUUAGCCCAUCGUGCAAUUGUGCAACAGCAGCAGCAACAACAACAACAACAACGACCACAAUCGUCAAUCAGUAAACUAGCCAAAUAUCAAGUGCCGAGAUAUCCGGAGGAAGUGGUUCUUCGUCAAAGUGGCAGCAAUAAACCAACCCUACAACGAAGUUCAAUCUCAUACACUGAACCAACACUGACUGAUGACAAAAAGAAGGAGAAUAAUAUUAACGAAAAAGAGACGGCAUUCAUAACGCUCGCAUCGUCAUUAUCAUUAUCAAAAAAUAGCACGGCGCAAUCCAAUUGUACGAGCAGUGAUAGCAAGACGAAAUUGCUAAAUCGAAACAGUAGCUCGAUGGACAGCAGCAAUGGUCCAGGUUGCAGUUCAUCGUCUUAAUCACACAUACACACAACCAACCAUUCAGAAAUACCACAUUCAACAGUCGUCAAUAAAACACAUCGAUUUCAAAACAUGACUGCAUCUCUAUAUUUCAACGGACUCAUGAUACGACGACGACGACACUCGAUUCGAUUUUUUCGUGCAUUUCACAAGUAUUUCCAUCAAAUAAAUAAUCGGACGAAUCCCAUGGAAUGACGGAGCGCAGACAGCUACAAUACAUAAGCAAAACAAAUAAAGGAGGCCAUUAGCUUAUGGGGAAUGAAGAAAACAUGAAUGACAUAGAUAGCAACACACGGACCGGAACAAUGUUUAAACAACAAAUUCACGAGAAAAUUAUGUGAAAUAAUGACAAAAAAGAUAAGAAGCACCGCUUAAACUCUAAAUAAUAAAUGGGAAAAAAACAAACAUGCAAACAGUUGGCAAACAGGAUAAUAGUUUCGGGGUUUUAAUUAAAUAUAUAUGUAAACAAUUAUGGAUGACAACAAAAGAACAUUUCUAAAGAAUUCUAUUCAAGUUAUACGUACUGAUUUGUUUACUGAAAAAGGAAGAAGAAGAAAAUAUGUAAUGAGAUCUAGUCGCAAGCAAUAUGAAUUUGAUUAUUUAUUGAUUUUGAAAAAAAAUGAUACCAUAAUAGUAAACCAGAAUGAAAGCGAAAAAAAGUUCAACCAAUUUUAUUUCCAAUAUUUAACACGCUAAGUUUGUCAAGAUGGGAUUGUGCGAAGAAGUGGAAUCAAAAUGACUUGAACCAAAACGUGUUUGAAUGUUGUAUUCGAUUAUAUUUUUGGUAAGCUGUGACUAGAAUUUAGUAGCAUAAAGAAAAAAAAUACCAGGGAAAGGAAGAAUAUUUAUACCAGAUUACGAAAGUGAAGCAAAACAUUUGUUUUAUUUUGGGUUGAUGCUGUUUAGUAGUUCAUUUGAUACUGAAAAAAUUGAGCAGAAUGAAGAAAAAGAAACGAUUUGAAAUUAAACGAAACAUUUAUUGAGUAGCAAAUCAUCACAUGAACAUAAUUCAAUUAGGGGCAUUUCAUAUGGAAAACAAAUUCACAAAAUAUGUACACAAACACAAACGCAUACCGAAACCAAAGUGAAUAGAAACAUUUGUUUAGUUGCUGAUAGCACCCGUGAAAUUUAUCAAAUAAGUUGUAAUUAGGUUCUCAUCUUUACAUUUGUCUCACCAGUCAAAGUUCAAGUUUUCAUUUUAAAUCUAAGAAGAAAAAUAAAAUCAUAUAAGAAAUAACAAAAUUAAUGACAACAAAACAAACAAACAAACAACAACAACAAAAUAAAAUAAUAAUGUGAUUUUAGAUAAA